GAUUCGAUUUCGUCACAAAUUCUCGUGCUUCAGAUUUAGCUAAUCUAUGGGCGUUGGCGAUAAUAAUAGCUUAGAGUUCUCUCAUCGCAUGGAAGAUUCUAGAAAACCAAUGAGAGUUUCUGUUCUUUGGAAAGGAAACAAUUACUCUGUUGAUAUUGAUUGUGGAGCUUCUCUCAAGGAUUUAGGUUAUGAAUUGAGAAAGUUAACCGGCGUUACGUCGGAGACUCUCCGUUUGAUCGUUCCUCGGUUGAAUGAAAAAGGAUCAAGAUUGAUCUUACCCUUUUCUGAUGAACACUCGAGCUUGAGUUUGCAGGAAUCACACAUAAUUCAGGAUAAAACUAUCAGAAUGAUGGGAGUGUCUGAAGAAGAGGUUGAUGGAGUUUUAAAAGAGGCAGUGCCUGACAUGAGGAUAAUUGGCUUUGAGGAAGAAGAGAGAAGGCUUAGGCAAAAGAAGUAUGUUUCAAGCGCUUCAAUCAAGCUUCCACAGGGGCCUUACAUCUUCUGUGAUUUCCGCACUCUUCAACUCCCGGGUAUAGAGUUAAACCCUCCCCCUUCUGCUGCUUUAAAGAGAAUGCACAUGCUUGCAGCUGACCCUGGUAUUAUCGCUGUUAUGAACAAGCAUCGAUGGAGAGUAGGGAUUAUGACUGAACUUGCCCCAGUUGGUUAUGUUGGUGUUAGUCCACGAUGCCUUCUGGGGUUUAACAAGAAUCAAGGAGAGGAGAUUUCUCUACGCCUUCGGACUGAUGAUCUCAAGGGAUUCAGAAAGUAUCAGAGCAUAAAAAAGACUCUAUUGCAUGAGCUUGCUCACAUGAUAUACACGGAGCAUGAUGAAAACUUUUAUGCUCUUGAUAGCCAGUUGAACAAAGAAGCUGAAAGCUUAGAUUGGACUAAAUCAAGGGGUCACACUUUGAAUGGAACAAAAUUUAUCAAUGACGAUGAUGAGGAAGACUACUUCUUCGAUGAAAAUGAAAAUGUUUCUCAAAGGCUUGGUGGAAACCAGUCUGAUAAUCUUGGAAAUGCUCGUGAAUCGUCUGUUGCUGCUGCUUAUCGCCGUCUCUCCCACACAAGUGUUUCGAAACUCAGCGAAGAACCUGAUCCUGAUGACUUGGUUAAUGUUCGUGAUGAGAAUAAACAGCCUGAUCCCGAUGAUACCACUGAAGAUGAUGCAACCAAAAUCGAAUUAGGUCAUUCAUGGAUCCCAUCAAAUCCUAGAGAUGCAUCUGCUGCACCUGAACAUCACUCAGGAUCAUAUGAAAUGGCAAGUGAUCUUUCCCAUCCUACUGAAGAUGAUGAUGAACCUGAUCCGGAUGACUCAGAAACACACACAAGUAUAGGGGAAGUUGAAAAUAUGAAAAUAUCAAAUGACACUGUAAAGUUGGGUGGGAAUUUGAAUGCAGAUGAAGCUGAGCAGGAAACACCUGAUCCUAUAAAUGCAGAACCAUAUCCAGACUAUAACCUGGUGGUCACAGAGAGGGAAACAAUCAUGGAGGUUAAUGAGCCGGAUCCAGAUGAUCAAGAAAUUCAGAGGAUCCAAGACUCUGUUACCAUCAUCUCUAACCGUCUCAAGAAAGCCAUAAAUGCCUUGAAAAAUGAAGUUAGCCCCGGUCAAGCAACCAAUGUGCUGCAAAUGCUUCUCAAAAUAGUGAGGAACAUCAUUGAACAACCAAAUGAAAUGAAAUUCAAAAGGCUGCGUAAGGGAAAUCCUGCAAUUAAGCGCAACAUUCUCAACUUCACAGCUGCGGUUGAGAUACUUUCGAUUGUUGGCUUUGUCGAAGAGAUGGUAUCGGAAGGAACGGGAGCACAAGAGCCAUAUUUGGUACUGAAACGAAAUGACCCAGGCCUCUUGUGGAUUGCGAAGUCCAUGAUUGAAGAAUCACACACCACAGGUUCCUAGCUAAUAAUACUACGUUUUCUCUGUAAACUGUAUCAUAAAUGUGUGAUUUGAUACUUCAGUAUAUAAGGAGGACGGUUCUAUUACACUGUUACAAACAUUUCUAUAAAUGGAGUGUGUUAAGCUGUUGAUUGUAAAGCAGAAACAUGGUAUUUACAAGAAGGGAGAUGAAACUGAUGCAAUCCUCAAACCAAACUCUAUAGUACUUAGAAGUAAAAGUUUGCAGGGUUA